UCAGGCAGAAUUAAUUGAGCCUGCUGUGAAGGGAACACUUAAUGUUCUGACAUCAUGUGCAAAAGUUUCAUCUAUCAAAAGGGUGGUAGUAACAUCCUCCAUGGCUUCCGUUAAAUACAAUGGAAAACCUCUAAAGCCCGAUACAUACUUAAUAGAAUAUGGCUCUGUUCCUGCUUACCAGCAUAUUGAACUUUUGCACCAGAACACAGCAUGCUAUGUCACAGACCAAACUGGACUUGCUCUAAAGCCUGAUAACAUGCAACAACCUAUAGGUACCACUUUACCAAAUGCACUCCCCAAUGGUGGGUCAUCACUUCACCAACGCCUGCAAAUAGCUGUUGAUAUCUCUGCUCAUGCCAGAAGGAUUGAUGUACCACCAAAUGUACUGUUGGCUCAGGGUUCAAAUGUGGGAAUGAUACAAGGAAUGAAUGGGGGGAUGAUCAAAUCCGAAGUUGGAUAUGUCAGAAAUUCUCAGUACUUGUUUGGUGUUGAUGGCAGUGUCUUGGAAACACGUCCUGCUAUUGGGGAUGUUUCUUGUUCAUCUUUCAGCAGCAUAGAGUCUAAUUCGCAACCACUGAAUGGAACAAUCCUGGAUGCCGAUGUCUCUUCAAUUGGACUUUUAGGACAGAUACCUCGAAACUUCAGUCUAUCAGACUUGGCAGCUGACUUUUCUAAUAGUUCGAGUUCUCUUUCUAUCGAUAUAUUGGAGAGCUACUCCAGGUCACCCUUCCAGGCAGCAGGUACAGACAAUUACUUCGAUCCAAGUGAUAGGGUAAACCACCAAGGAGACGGUAAGAGGUUGGACACUAUAUCAGAAGGCUUCAGUUAUGAAGAUUUUGGCAGUGAUUGA